CGAGGAACGAGAGGACCGACGGCACACACGGUGAGUCCCGCGCUGCCGUGCACGCACUCACCGAGGGUCCUGCCCGUCUCUGCAUCCUCCCUGCACCGAGUCACCUGUCCCCAUGGAGGGGAUGGAAGCCGGGCCGCCGGCCACCUUCGGCGCCUGGGACUACGGGGUGUUCGCGGCCAUGCUGCUGGUGUCCACGGGCAUCGGGCUGUGGGUCGGCUUGGCCCGCGGCGGCCAGCGCAGCGCCGACGACUUCUUCACCGGGGGUCGGCAGCUGGCGGCCGUGCCCGUGGGGCUGUCGCUGGCCGCCAGCUUCAUGUCGGCGGUGCAGGUGCUCGGGGUCCCCGCCGAGGCGGCGCGCUAUGGUCUCAAGUUCCUGUGGAUGUGCGCGGGCCAGCUGCUCAACUCGCUGCUCACCGCGCUGGUCUUCUUGCCGGUUUUCUACCGCCUGGGCCUCACCAGCACCUACCAGUAUCUAGAGCUUCGCUUCAGCCGAGUGGUGCGGCUCUGUGGAACGCUGCAGUACCUGGUGGCCACGAUGCUGUACACAGGCAUCGUGAUCUACGCACCCGCACUCAUCCUGAACCAAGUGACCGGGUUGGAUAUCUGGGCGUCGCUACUGUCCACGGGAGUAAUCUGCACCUUGUACACGACCGUGGGCGGUAUGAAGGCUGUGGUCUGGACAGAUGUUUUCCAGGUCGUGGUGAUGAUCAGCGGCUUCUGGGUGAUCCUGGCCCGAGGCGCCAUGCUCAUGGGAGGCCCCUGGAAUGUGCUCAGUCUUGCCCAGAACCUUUCCCGGAUCAACCUGAUGGACUUUGACCCAGAUCCUCGGAGCCGCUACACCUUCUGGACUUUUGUAGUUGGUGGUACGCUGGUGUGGCUCUCCAUGUAUGGUGUGAACCAAGCCCAGGUACAGCGCUAUGUGGCCUGCCGCUCAGAGAGUAAGGCCAAACUGGCCCUGCUUGUCAACCAGCUGGGCCUCUUUCUGAUCGUGGCCAGCGCGGCUUUCUGUGGCAUUGUCAUGUUCGUCUUCUACAAGGACUGUGAUCCCCUCCUCACAGGACGCAUCUCUGCACCAGAUCAGUACAUGCCGCUACUCGUGUUGGACAUUUUCGAAGACCUGCCCGGAGUCCCCGGACUCUUCCUGGCCUGUGCCUACAGUGGCACCCUCAGCACAGCAUCCACUAGUAUUAACGCCAUGGCAGCCGUCACGGUGGAAGACCUCAUCAAGCCGCGGAUGCCUGGCCUGGCACCUCGGAAGCUCGUUCUCAUCUCUAAAGGGCUCUCCCUCAUCUAUGGCUCAGCCUGCCUCACGGUGGCUGCUCUGUCCUCGCUGCUGGGAGGUGGUGUCCUCCAGGGCUCCUUCACGGUGAUGGGCGUCAUCAGUGGGCCUCUGCUAGGUGCCUUCACUCUGGGAAUGCUGCUGCCAGCCUGCAACACACCUGGCGUCCUGUCUGGACUGGCUGCAGGCUUGGCUGUAUCCCUGUGGGUGGCCUUGGGGGCUACACUGUAUCCACCUGGAGAGCAGAUCAUGGGCGUGCUGCCCACCUCCGCCGCCGGCUGCACCAAUGCAUCGCUCCUCAUGGGCCAACCUGGAGCUGCCAACACCUCCAGUGGGGUCCCUAGCUCCAGAGUAGAGGCAGACCGCCCCGCGCUCGCCGACACCUUCUACGCCAUCUCCUAUCUCUACUACGGGGCUCUGGGCACGCUGACCACCAUGCUGUGCGGAGUUCUCAUCAGCUAUCUGACAGGGUCCGGAAGACAUCCCUGCUGUGACCAAAAAGCCCUCUGGCUUCCUGCCAGGCGACGAGGCCCACCUGCUGUCCCUGGGGCGCGAGACCAACCUCUGAGGGCGAUGCCCCAGAAGGCCAAUGGCGGGCCUCGGGUCAUCAGCCUCCUCUCUGGUUGGCUGGACGGGAGCGGACAGAAGCUUGGCUGGUACUGGCUCUGCUCCCUCCCGGGUCCCCUUGGCCCUCCCACGCUCAAAGAAGGAUGGUUCUCCAUCCACAAAGGAAACCGUCUGGAACCUUCUGGACCUUGUAGAGCUGCGGUCAGCGGCUGAGAAAGCUCAGCUGCUCUGACAGGCUUGCCGGCUGAGCCACCCGGGCCCUUUUAACAGGCAAAGAAACUGAGGACUGUCGCCCAGCAGUGGGGAGGUUCAGAAAUACAGGGUCAUCCUCGGCUACAUGGUGAGGCCAUUCUGGGCUACAGGAGACCCUGUCCCCAAACAAACAAAUAUAGGUGACCUUUGCUGUCACCGUGCUUGGCAGGAAAGGGCUUCCCCAGCACACAGUAGGCCCAGGAUCCCCACCACCAAGGAGUUUUUUAAAAUAGUGGAAGGGACAUAGACACAUGGAAAACCAAGGCAGGGGCGAAAGCAAGGGGUCUCUAGGACAUAGAGCGCCAGGGUUGCGGGAGCUGCCGGGAGCUGCCAAGGGAUGGAUUCCUGGAGACCCCACAAGACACACGGACGUGGUAACACCUUGACUGCGGACUUAAAGUUUGCAGAACAAAACUAUCCGAGAGCGUGUUUGUUUUGUGCUAAUUCCUUCCGCUUCACAAGGCCCCGUGAAUGCCAUCUCCCAUGCUUCCCACCUUCACCUCCGCGUGCGUGCUGAGCAAGCUGCCACUGAACUGCACACCUACAUAGACCGCCCUUUUUUUUGACGCAGUGAUUUAUUCAUGCUUCUGGGUAUAUCAAUAUUUCACUUUUAUUCAGUGCCAAGUAGUAUUCCAUUGUACGGACAUACCACAGUGUGUCAACUGGCUAGCUGC